GCAAGCGUGAGGCGGCUUGCUUUAACCAUUGCUUCGUCCUGACUUAAAUGUCCAUGGACAAGUCAGUUUUCUGCAAUUGAAGUGGAAGGUUUGUCGUUGGCGCCAUAGCUAUCCUCAGUCAGAGUCUCUAUCAGCACGCAAAUGACGCCAGAGCAAAUUGAGAUUGCGAGAAAGUCCUUGGAGGAGGUUUUUGGGGACACAGCUAAAGUUAUGAGUGCGGAGGCCGUGGAGAUCCUGGCAGCGAACUACUGUGUAACUUACCAGGAUUUCGUGGACAUCAAGUUAAAAACCCUCGAAGAAUCACCCAAUCCCGUGCCAGACGCCCUCUUACAGCGCAUUGCGGGUUUCAAGGAUGAACGUGCAAAGAAGCGGAAAGUGGACGCAGACAUGUCUGCAAGCAUCUUGAGGAAGCUGGUCGUGGAGGUGCCAUCAAGUCUGCCUCCUAUUGAUCAACUCAAGGGCUUUUUGAGCGAUGUCAACCAGCGUAUCCCAGUGACCCAGCGGGUAUAUCAGAAGCUGAGCCUCGUGCAAAAUGCCAACUCGGUGGUGCGGAUCUGCUCAGAGCAGGAAGAUGCUGACAUUGUGGCGACUUUUGUCAGCCGGAUCAUCGAGAGCAUUCACACAACUGGGGCUGAAGAGCUUACGGCAUAUGCAGUCACCAAGAUGCUGUUCGACCUGCUGGCGCAAAUAACCGAGAAGAUUGAAGCUCCGCUGAAGCUUGGCUUAGAAGCGCUCGAAGAUCUGAAGGCCAAGUUCAACGAGCCGUUCAGCAGAGUGCACUACGGCGUGUUGCCGUACAUCAUCGCUUACGCUGCCGCCGGGAAGAUGGUCCAGUUCUACGCACGGCGGACUCAAACUGUCCAGCUGGACCCCAUCAGCGACGUCAUACAUUACGACACUCUGGAGGGCCGCGCCAUGCUGGUGCACUUGGUGGCCAAUCUGUACCGACUGCUCCUGAAGAUGAAACAGACGCUUCCGGAUGGUUCAGGACCCUUGCGAAUGUUCCAGAAAGUGGAUCGGGGGAACGGCACGUUUGUGGAAGCUGGCACUAGCAGUGGAACGAAGACGAUCUGCGACGCGUCUAGUUUCUUCAAGAAGGCGGGGACCACUCUGCAGCACGUGAAAGCUGCAUACAAGGCGGCGAAGGCGACCAGGCAUCUCGUACAGGCCGCGGAGGGGCCCGAAAUGUCCAAGGACGUGUACAGAGUUGUCGUGACGCCCCUGGGUAGCGAAGUGGACGUCAGGGACGAGGAGGGUAUCCAGCGACUCGUCCACCAUCUGUUGCAUGGGCUCGAAAAGCUGCAUUCCGCAAGCUUGUGCCACCGAGACGUACGAAAACCGAACGCUGUCGAGUACCUGGGUUCGACCGGCUCGUCAACCAGGUAUAUGCUGAUUGAUCUAGAGUCGGCCGCUCCUAGUGGUGCAUCUCUUCCCCCGGUAGAAUACGAAGGUUGGCAAGAUGAAACUUUAGUCGACGGCAAGUAUGUCCCGGAGUCGGACUUGUUCCAGCUGGCGAAAAUGGUUCAAGACGUGGCCAGAACAGCCAAGGAGCGACCCGUCAAUUUGUCAGAAGAGGCUCGAGCUUUUUUGAUGGAGCUCAGUGGCAAGAAAAGGUCGGCCUCGUCUUUGCUACAGGAGGAAUGGGUUGGCUGCAAGUGUGGCCAAGGCCUCUCAGUCGAAUAAGAUGAGAACUCCCCAUCAGUCUGUAAUUUGUGGUAAGCAUCGUCAAAGAGCACACUUGUUGGAACGAGGAUCUUGGCAAUUUAAUGUAUGGCGCGAGUUUCCGCA